AUGGCGACGUUUGGCUUGCAGUCAUACAGCUCCCCGUCACUUUCCGUCCGAUCACCGCCGUCAACUCUACUACUUCAUAUUCCUCAACGCUAUAAUCUUACCUCUAACUCUUCUUUUACCAGGUUGAAAAUGUCAAUUCCGUCAACCCCACAAACUACAACAAUCCCUGACAAUCACACAGUUCUAGGUUGUGGAAUGGCCGCAGUGGAUUUCCUUGUUGCUGUUGAUUCUUAUCCUAAGCCUGACGAUAAGAUUCGAAGCACAAGUUUUCACGUUCAAGGAGGUGGUAAUGCAGGGAACGCUUUGACUUGUGCAGCUCUCGUUUGGGUCUAUCUCCAAGAAUUAUACCAAAGGUUUGAGCACAUCGCUUGUAAAUAUCAAUUGACUGUAUAAGUAUACUGACUAACUCAUUUUU